GACAAGUCACUUAUUUCACUUCAACCUCAUCCACACAAUAAACAACAUUUCUCAUUUUGUUGAAUCGCAUGGAAAACGUUCCAGAAUCUUCAUCGAAGGGGACCAAACGCCGGCGAGCUGAGAGUUCCGAUGCCGGAAAUACCUCAUCAUCACUCGAGAACGAUCUUACAUUCACUGAUACGCUUAUUGCGCUUCGAAUCAUGCGAGCUCAAUUUCCCCAAAUUCUCAAUGUUUCGGUUGAACCGUUUAUAUUGAAGUCUCAAUUGUAUAGCAGUGUGAAGGACAGAACACAAGUGGAUAGGGAAUUAGAGUCUCUUCGGAGGGAUAAAGUGCUUCGCCUUUUUAAAUUAAAUACUGGACAAGAUGAUCAUGCUGUAAUGUUUUUGGAUGAUUACUUAAAACAGAUAGAUCGCGUUUUUAAAAGAAUGGAAGGAAAGACAGGAGCAGGAUUUGAAGUUUUUGAGUGGUUCAAAACUCAUGUUCUAGAUUCAAAGCUGGAAACUGGCAUUGAACAUCUGGAGCUUUGCUCACUUUUGUCACUUGGGGGAAAGGUGAAGGACAGUCACAUCUCCCUUCUAAUCAAUGCAGGCGUCCUUAUCAGGCAGCUUAUUGAUCCAAACAUGUAUUGGAUAGCAAUUCCAAAUAUUGGCUCACUUCUUAAGGGUCUUGUUCAGGGAAGGAAGGAAAUUAUUUCCCUUCUCAACCGACGUCAAUAUAAGGAGAUGAUGUUGGCCGUUAUGGAAAAGAAGCGUCUACGAAUGUCCCCACUCGAUAUGAGAUUUCAUCUUCGUGAUUUGAUUGGUUCCGGUCAUCUCAGAAGUGACCAGACUCCAGCUGGUAUAAUUAUCAGAGUAUCAAAAUAUUAGAGGUCCAGAAAGCAUAGGUUUACUUGCAUCCAUGAAUCGAUUUGUCUGCUGCUUUUUACUCUUAAUUUUUUUAAGAGAUUUAGUGGCUUAUGCUUUGGACAUAUAAUUGUUAUUUUUAUUAAUAAAUGGAUAUAUAAUUGGUAUAUUACUUCAAAUGGCUUUCCAACACGCGAGAGAACUAUUUAGAAGAAAUAUCAUAUUUUUUCCUUCAAAUGGUUAAGAAAAAAGUUUAAGAUUCAGCAACUACUUUCAACAUCUGUCGACAUGGACCAAAUGAAGCUAAUGUAAGUCUCCUUUCUCAAAGUGCAGUUAUAUAAUUCAAUUUCUAGAAACCUUCAUGGUUUACCAAAAGGUUUACAUUCAUCUGUUUUCGAGGUUAAACUUGUUAGAGAUAUAUGUGGAAAAUGCAUAUGAAGAAGUAAAGAAGCAAAACCCACUCAAGGGACUAACAGAGUUAGUCUUCUGUUAGCUGUUAGGAGUCUGUUAGGUGGUUAAAAGCUGUCAGAGGUCUGUCUCUAACAGAGUUCUGUUAUCUCUCUUACUGCAAUGUAUAUAGAUAUCAAAAUGUUGCAAAUUGUACCAGUUAGAGAAUUGAGAUACUCUUUCACUCUCAGGGAAAACAAUUGUAAACUCUUAUUGAAUAUUCAAUGCAAAUUCAACUUUAUCAUAGUAUCAUUCACUGGUUCCUAAUCUUCACUGGUUCAAGGUGCAGCAAUGGCGUCCACUGAAAAUCAAGCUUCAAUUGGCCAAGCACAAACGCAAUGUCACCAAAUUCCAUCAAUCUUUGCGUCUUCAAAUUUGAAUUCGCACAACGCGUUUGGACCAAAGAUUUCGAUCAAACUACAAGAAAACAACUAUUUGCUAUGGAAUCAACAAGUUGAAGGAGUAAUCUUGACGCAAAAGAUGCAUCGAAUCGUAGUUAAUCCACAAAUUCCUCAGAAAUUCAAGACGGAUCAAGAUCGAAUGACAGGUUACGUUCUCUGAAGAAUAUGAAUCUUGGUUGGUCCAAGAUCAAGCUGUGUUCAUCUGGUUGCUUUCCACCAUCUGUGAAUCCGUUCUACCUCGAGUCCUCUCCUACAAACAUGCAUUUGAAGUUUGAGACAAGAUCCACAAAUUCUUCAAUCCUCAGCUAAAAGCUAGGGUUUGACAACUAAGAGUGUAGCUGAAAUUGACGAAGAAAGGAAACAAAUCCACUACUCUAUUUGUUCUAAGAAUCAAGUCGAUUACAAAUUCUCUUCUAGCAGUGGGAGAUUCGAUUUUAGAACAAUAUCAAAUCGAGUCAAUUCUUAAUGGUCUCCCUGAAGAGUACAACCCCUUUGUAAUGCAGACGUAUGGAAGCAAAGAGCCACCGUCCCUAUGUGAUAUAGAAGCACUCCUCUAUGUUCAGGAAGCACAAUUGGACAAGUUUAGACAAGAACUUGCCACAUCCACUGUAGCAGCCAACCUAGCUCAUACAAGUCAGGAAGCAACUAGCUCCAAAGGAGCAUUGUCUGGAAAUCGUGGCAGGGGAACUCGCUACACUUGAGGUCUGCUCGUGGUUGGGGAUGAAGCACAUCUGAUAAUCGUUCAACAUGCCAACUAUGUGGCAAAUACGAGCAUUCAGUCACUGAUUGUUGGCAUAGGUUUGAUGAAACCUUUAUGCCACACAACUCUUCAAGCUUCACUGGUGUUGUGAAUGAAUCUGCUGCAACACAGGAGCAAGCUCAAGGUUCCAACCAAAACACUCAGGCUAUGGAAAUGAUGGCAACUUCUAAUCCACAAUUAGGUUACACUCAAGAAUACUCACUGCCAGCUGAAUUGGAAUCACAUACAUGGUUCGUUGAUUUAGGUGCUUCUCACCAUCUCACACCUUAUGAUUCCUUUUUACACAAUUCAAAAAGUUAUGUAGGUUCUACCAAAGUAUAUGUUGGCAGUGGUCAUACUAUUACCAUAAAAUCCAUAGGUUCAGUCCGUUUUCAUUCUAAGAUUGCACCUCAUAAACUAUUAUUGUUGUCUAAUGUAUUACAUGUUCCCACAAUUACAAAAAACUUGUUGUAUGUCUCUAAAUUCUCUAGGGAUAACAAUGUCAUAUUUGAGUUUUUGGCUGAUAAAUGUUGUGUUAAAUCUUAGGAUUCUAAACAAAUUCUAUUUGAGGGAUACCUUGAUGAUAGUGGUUUAUACUGCUUUCCCAAGCUACCCUUGGAUGCCAAGAUCAAAAUGCAUGAAUAACAACCUAUGUAUUCCCAUUGGUAUACAAAGCUGCUCUAUUUCUAAUUCUACUACAAUUAAGCCUAUUAAUGUUCUUUCUAGUUUCUUGUGGCAUAAUCAAUCGUCUUGGUCAUGCCAAUCUUAAUUCUGUUAGACAAAUACUGAAAUUGUAUAAUAUAGCUACUCCAAAUAAAGUUGAUACUUUUACUUAUAAGUCUUGUAAUCUUGGCAAAGCUCUUAGAAAUAAUUCUCCACU